GGCCCCCCCGGCACCGCGCUGCCCGCCCUGGUGUGGCUGCUGCUGGGGCUGAGUGCGCCUGGCCGGGGCCAGCUGCACGGCGAGAAGGGCAUCUCCAUCCCCGACCACGGCUUCUGCCAGCCCAUCUCCAUCCCGCUCUGCACCGACAUCGCCUACAACCAGACCAUCAUGCCCAACCUGCUGGGCCACACCAACCAGGAGGACGCGGGGCUGGAGGUGCACCAGUUCUACCCGCUGGUCAAGGUGCAGUGCUCGCUGGAGCUCAAGUUCUUCCUCUGCUCCAUGUAUGCGCCCGUCUGCACGGUGCUGGAGCAGGCCAUCCCGCCCUGCCGCUCCAUCUGCGAGCGCGCCCGCCAGGGCUGCGAGGCCCUGAUGAACAAAUUUGGAUUCCAGUGGCCGGAGCGGCUGCGCUGCGAGAACUUCCCCCGGCACGGGGCUGAGCAGAUCUGCGUGGGGCAGAACCACUCGGAGGACGGCGGCUCACCAGCGCUGCUCACCAGCGCCACGCCGCCGGCUGGCCAGGGCACACCGGGCGCCCCCCGCUACGCCACCCUCGACCACCCCUUCCACUGCCCGCGGGCGCUGAAGGUGCCCAGCUACCUCAACUACAAGUUCCUGGGCGAGAAGGACUGCGCGGCACCCUGCGAGCCUGCCCGCCCCGACGGCCACAUGUUCUUCAACGAGGAUGAGAUCCGCUUCGCCCGCAUCUGGAUCCUCAUCUGGUCCGUGCUGUGCUGCGCCUCCACCUUCUUCACCGUCACCACCUACCUGGUGGACAUGCAGCGCUUCCGCUACCCCGAGCGGCCCAUCAUCUUCCUCUCGGGCUGCUACACCAUGGUGUCGGUGGCCUACAUCGCCGGCUUCGUGCUGGAGGAGCGGGUGGUUUGCAAUGAGCGCUUCCAGGAGGAUGGCUACCGCACAGUGGUGCAGGGCACCAAGAAGGAGGGCUGCACCAUUCUCUUCAUGAUGCUCUACUUCUUCAGCAUGGCCAGCUCCAUCUGGUGGGUCAUCCUCUCCCUCACCUGGUUCCUGGCCGCCGGCAUGAAGUGGGGUCACGAGGCCAUCGAGGCCAACUCGCAGUACUUCCACCUGGCCGCCUGGGCCGUGCCGGCCGUCAAGACCAUCACCAUCCUGGCCAUGGGGCAGAUCGACGGCGACCUGCUGAGCGGCGUCUGCUUUGUGGGGCUCAACAACAUCGACCCGCUGCGGGGCUUCGUGCUGGCCCCGCUCUUCGUCUACCUCUUCAUCGGCACCUCCUUCCUGCUGGCUGGCUUCGUCUCCCUCUUCCGCAUCCGCACCAUCAUGAAGCACGGCGGCACCAAAACCGAGAAGCUCGAGCGGCUGAUGGUGCGCAUCGGCGUCUUCAGCGUCCUCUACACCGUGCCGGCCACCAUUGUCAUCGCCUGCUACUUCUACGAGCAGGCGUUCCGCGAGCACUGGGAGCGCAGCUGGAUCAGCCAGAACUGCAAGAGCCUGGCCAUCCCCUGCCCGCUCCACUUCACGCCCCGCAUGAGCCCGGACUUCACCGUCUACAUGAUCAAGUACCUCAUGACUCUCAUCGUGGGCAUCACCUCGGGCUUUUGGAUAUGGUCGGGCAAAACCCUGCACUCGUGGAGGAAGUUCUACACGCGGCUCACCAACAGCAAGCAGGGCGAGACGACGGUGUGACCGCGGCCCGCCACUCACCCGGGGCUCCAUUUUUUGGGGGGUAUUUUUAUUUUUUAGAUUUAUUAACGUCUAAGGGGUUCUCUCUCUCUCUUUGAUUUUUUUUUUUUUGUAAUUAAACCUGUAAAUAGCAUUUGUAAAUUUAAUUAUAUAUUUCUAUUUAAAACACACAAAAAAGAGGAAAAAAGGAGGAAAAACAAAACAGGAAAAAACAAACAAACAACCGAACUGCCGGGAGCGCAGAGAGGCUGGGCCAGCAGCGGUGCGGUGCCUCGUCCUCCCUCUCUCCCUCUUCUUUUUGCUACCGAGGGUUUGGGGUUUUUUCCUGCCUUCCCUCCCCUCUCUGCGCCUUGGCAGCGGCCGGGCGGCGGAGCCACAGCGGCGGAUCUGCUGUUUGUCUUGGCCGGGGCGGCCGCUUGCCGUUGAACUUCCAUAAAAGCCUGAUCUGUGGCAGCUCUCCCCCGGCGGGGCGAGCUGGGGCGUCGCGGAUACAUGGAAAAUGGAGUGGGGGGGGGGAAAGUCUCGUUUUUUUUUUUCACUCACUGUUUGGAAACUUACCAAGAAAGGUUUGGGGAUUAUUAUAAUUUUUUGGUUAUUUUUUAUCCCCCACCUCCCCUCGCUGUUCCCCCACCCCUCGGCCACCCCCCGCUUUGCCGUGAGGAGACGUUUCCUGCCCAACUCCUUUUUAAAGCCGCGUCCUUUGCAAAUACAAAUGAGUAAAACAA